AGAGAUCUACCGACUGAAGCAGCAUGGCCAAGCCGUGUGGGGCGCACCUGAGUGGGGAAGCCCGCAAACAGGUGGAGGUCUUCAGGCAGAAUCUUUUCCAGGAGACUGAGGAAUUCCUCUACAGGUUCUUGACACAGAAAAUCAUAUACCUGAAUCAGCUCUUGCGAGAGGGCUCCCUCAAUGUGGCUGACCUGACUUCCCUCCGGGCCCCACUGGACAUCCCCAUCCCAGACCCUCCACCCAAGGAUGAUGAGAUGGAAACAGAUAAGCAGGAGAAGAAAGAAGUCCCUAAGUGUGGAUUUCUCCCUGGGAAUGAGAAAGUCCUGUCCCUGCUUGCCCUGGUUAAGCCAGAAGUCUGGACUCUCAAAGAGAAAUUCAUUCUGGUGAUCACAUGGAUCUAGCACUUAAUCCCCAUUGAAGAUGGAAAUGAUUUUGGGGUAGCAAUCCAGGAGAAGGUGCUGGAGAGGGUGAAUGCCGUCAAGACCAAAGUGGAAGCUUUCCAGACAACCAUUUCCAAAUACUUCUCAGAACAUGGGGAUGCUGUGGCCAAGGCCUCCGAGGAGACUCAUGUAAUGGAUUACUGGGCCUUGGUGCAUGAGCGAGAAGGGGCAGCCUAUGGGGAGCUCAGGGCCAUGGUACUGGACCUGAGGGCCUUCUAUGCUGAGCUUUAUCAUAUCAUCAACAGCAACCUGGAGAAAACUGUCAACCCAAAGGGUGACGAGAAGCCAUCUAUGUACCGAACCCAGGACUAGAAGGAAAAUAAAUGAUCUCUAUG